GGGGGCGUAUCUCGACCUUUUAUUUCUAUUGGCAGCUAGCUAGCUAGCUGUCUCUGUAACCAAGCUUUCUCUACAGUAUAGUAAAGAAGACAAUGGCUGUAAAUCCACAAGCUUUCGAGCAGUUCACUCUGAGACAAGUUCGCAUCACUGAGAAUGAGUUUGGACAUGGUUCCUACGCUGUUGUCAUGGAGCUAGAGUAUCGAGGACUGAAAUGUGCCGGCAAGAAGCUUUACCGAGUUCUCUACGAGACUGGAAUCGGGCAUGCAGCACGAAGGUAUCUGGAAGAGUGUCACCUGCUCAGUCAAACUAGGCACCCCAACAUUGUCCAGUUUCUGGGAGUUUGUUUUGAGGAAGGCUCUCAGUUCCCCAUCUUAGUCAUGGAGUUCCUUCCCACCAACUUGACCAGCUGUCUCGAGCGCUACGGUAUUCUCCCCGAUGAGAUCAACUUCUCCAUCCUCCAUGACGUCUCACUGGGCCUGGUCUACCUCCAUGGCCAAACACCAGUCAUUGUGCACAGAGACCUCUCAGCCAACAAUGUUCUCUUGUCCACCAACAUGACGGCCAAGAUAUCCGAUCUGGGGGUUGCUCGAAUAUUGAACCUGACCCCCCUUCAAGUGAGUCGAAUGACGGAGACCCCUGGCACCCCAGCGUAUAUGCCCCCCGAAGUGAUGGUUGCCAACCCCCACUACAACACCAGUGUGGAUGUGUUCUCCUUUGGGAUCAUGAUGAUUCACACCUUCACAGCACAGUGGCCACUACCAAGUAUCGGCCCCACCAGAAUCGAUCCUGCUAAUCCUGACAGACUGAUACCAGUAACGGAAGCUGAACGACGUGAAGAGUUUCUUCGAAAGAUUUCCCCAGACCACCCUCUGAUGGACCUCAUCAUGCGCUGUCUCAGCAACAACCCUCAGCGAAGGCCUAGAGCAGCGGAGAUAGUGGGUCGGAUGGUGGGUGUGGUACUUGAACACCCUCCCUCCUUUGAGAACAGAGUGGAGAUGCUCCAGCGAGUGAGUGCCCUACUGACAGAGAAGAGGGAGCUUGAGGAGGAGGUUGUGAGGAAGGACUUAGCAAUCCAGGAGAAAGCAGGAGAGAUCGAGGCACUGGCGGAGGAGAAAAGACGACAAGAGGAAGAAAGUGAAAACACUGUCGAGCGUAUGCAGUUGGUGCACUCUGUGGAAACUGAUCAACUAGUAACUGAACAUAGUGUAGAGAAAGAGGAUCUCAGAGUUGAAUUGGAGCAACAAAUUGCAGAAAAAAAUUUGACUAUCGUUCACAAAGAUUCGAUGCUUGCCUCCAAGGACACUUCCCUUCAGAAGAAUAAAGCCACCAUUCAGAGUUUAAACAACCAGCUCACCAAAACCAGAGACUACCUGACCAGCAAACCACAGUCCCUACAGGUUCAGUUGUCCUACAGUCAGUGCUCUGAGGCUCCAGUGAAGAUGCAUGGUGGACUAGCGGUAACCAUCAAUGGCAAGGUCUACUAUGGUGGAGGAGUCUGUGAUGACGAUGAUGAUGACGAGUACUGUGUCCACUGUUACGAUCCGCCACAAGACGUCUGGUCAACUCUGCCCACACUUUCUGUACGAUGGUUUGGUCUGGGAGAGGUCAAAGGUGAACUGGUAGCAGUUGGCGGUGUGGAUUCAUCCGAUUCUGCAUCCAACGUGGUACAUGUGUUUAACAAAGAAAGGAACUGGAAACAGACGAUCCCACCCAUGCCGACAGCGAGGUGUUCACCAGCAGUCGUUAGUCUCCCAACACAUCUGGUCGUAGCAGGAGGUCUGGACUUUGGUCCCUACACUGAUAAUGUUGACAUCUACAACAUCAGCAUCUCCCGGCAGUGGAGCAAGACAGACAGACUACCGUAUGCUUGUAAUGACCAAAGAGGAAUUGUCUACAACAACACAGUGUACCUAAUGGGGGGAUUUGACGGCAAUAGUCUAAACAAGGUGUGUGCUGCUCAAGUCGACAAGCUCAUCUCAGCAGACCGACAGGAUAAUGGGAGCGCCAACAAAGCCGACUCUGUCUGGAAUACAAUAUCCAACACACCGUCUUACCAGCCCUCCCCUUUAACGAUAUCCGACACCUUCUUUGCUGUUGGUGGAGUGGAUAGUGAAGAUGAAGCCACUCAAAGGGUCUACGCCUACUCAUCCUCGAUGGACUCCUGGCUCUACGUUGGUGAUCUACCAUCUCCUAUAGCACACGCUGCCACUGUGUCACUGUCUCCAACAGAGUGCCUUAUGAUUGGUGGAUGGAACAAAGGGAAAACACAAUCUACCGUGUAUAAAAUUAGUAUCACAGCAACUAUUUCUUGAUAUUGUUGUGCCGGGUAUAAUUGUGUGCAGCUGCAACCAGCCCCUCCCCUUCAUAGAUUAUUGCAAUGUCAGCAUAAACAACCCUCUAGCUCAAGGACAGCCUAGCCUCGAAUCCAGGCCGAUUAAUCGGCCUGGUCUCGAGGCUAGGACAGCCUGGUUCUCCUGAUGAAGACACUAACUGUUCCUGGUUGGAGUUGUAUGAUUAGAUCUGGCUAGCUAGUUCAAUGCAUGUAAAUCAUUUUAGAGAUACUGUGAUUUAUAGAAACAGGUGAUCAGUAUAAUUAUCUGUAUGAGCCGUUUCUACCUAUUAUCCAGGCCAAUAGAAUUGCACCUGACUAGCUGAUAAUUAUUCUCGUUCCCUACAUGAAGUUCUUCAAGUGGACAAAGAUGUCAAAGACAAAGAUGUCACAGCUGCUAAGAUGAGGAGAGCCUAUCGACACCUGGCACUGGAGUACCAUCCUGACAAGAACAAGGCUGAGGGCUCUAGGGAGAGGUUCCAGCUCAUCAGCACGACCUACGAGAUACUGAAGGAUGAGGAGGAGAGAGCAAACUAUGACUACAUGCUUGAGAACCCUGAGCAAGUGUACCAUCACUACUAUCACUACGAUCUUCGUCUAGUGACCCCCCAGGUGGACAUCCGAGUGGUUGUGGGUGUGGCCAUCAGCGUUAUCUCUCUGGUCCAGUACCUCGGCUGGUGGCACUCGUACGAUACAGCCAUCACUGCAGCUCUCUCAGAAUGCCAAGAUAUCGUGGUAAGGCUGAGGAGCUGGCAGUGGAGAAGGGGUUGUUGAAGGAGGGUCAGAGACGGACUCAAGGGAGGAAAUAAAGAAAGAUGAAGAGACUGUGCUACGGAGAAUUGUGGAGGAGAACCUCAACAUUCUUGGUUGAUACAGUAAACCUAUGCUGCGGAGUACAAGGAGGAGAGGAAAGAAAGACGGCGCUGCUAGACAAUGCCAAGUACAAGAAGUACAAGUGAGUGAGUAAAUGUGUGAGAGUGAGGCCAGUGAAGGAGGCUAGACGAUACCAAGUACAGAGAUACAUGAGAGCACUGGUCAGAAAAGAGUCACCACAAACUGUUAGGGACAAUAACAUUUUGUAGGAAAGCAUAUUUAUCAUUUUUGCUUCGGUUUUUAAAUUAUUGAAAAGAAU